AUGUGGCAUCAAUCCUUCGCAUCGCUUCUUCUGGCCCUUGUGGCUCCAUCUAUUACCUAUGCGGCGACCAUAGCUCAACGAGACGACAGCGUAGGCAAUGCUAUCGUUGAUCUCUCUCAGAACAACGGCGCGGCGACCUUCCUCGGCUCGGGUUUCAUCUAUGGAUUCCCAGACAAUGGCACAAACGCUGAAGAUAGCAUCCCUGACUAUCUCCUCGCCGAUAUCAAGCUUAGAACUUGCCGCGGUGGCGGCGCUCAGAUCGACGCUGUCGGGUGGGCAGAAGGCGGCUAUGAUGGUUAUAUCGGGCGUUUUGAUUCAGCCCUUUCAAACUACCGUUCGGCCCGCAAGUAUAAUGGGGAAUUCAUCCUGAUGCUGAGCGACCUGUGGGGUGCUCAGGGCGGUGCAACGGCGGAUUCCAUUUUUCCAGGCGACAAUGGCAAUUGGACGGAAAUGGAGUUGUUUCUCGACCAGGUGAUAUCUGAUAUCCAGUCGAAUGACAUCUUGGAGGGAUUGAUAGUUGAUAUUUGGAAUGAGCCUGACCUCGAAAUAUUUUGGUACCCCGAUUGGUCUCAAUAUGUGGAAUACUUCGUCAAGGCCACUCAAUACUUGCGGUAA